GGAUAAAAUUAAUUUGCACAACAAAAUGAAAGGUUGAUUCACUUUUGCAAUCAUGUUUGCGAUAUUUUGAGCUGUACAAGGGAAGAUUUGUUCCAGCACCGAAGAACUCACUGCAACUCCAUUUUUAAGGAAGUAUGAUAAUUCUUAUGUGGCAUCUAACAGGAUUUAACGCUAUGGUUAAAAAUCCUGUCCAGGAAAAACUAUACUUCAUUUCAUAUUUCAAAAAUAAUGUUUCAGUAAAUGGAUACACAGGAGUUGUAGUUACUGAUUUUGACCUAGCUCUAGAGAGAAUGGUAUCAAUUUAUGGACUUCCAACUCGAUUUGACCACGACAUCAGUGACGAUGGAGAGUACUUGUACUUAUUAUUAAAAGACACCACGCAUGUGGUGGAGUUCUCAACUUCAACUUUUACCAUAAGUCAAUAUCUUCUGAUCUCUUCUGUGCAAGCAAAUGAAGAAGUUAUUGUGAAAACUGUUGGGUCUAAUAUUUUCAUCACUGUGAAACAAACUGUUGGAAAUGUUUGGGCUGUAUGAAAAUGGAUUCGUGGAAAUCCCAAUAUGGCUUGCUUUGAUUAUGGAAGAAAUACACGCAUAAAUUACUCUCCAAUAGACUCCUCAAAUAUAUUUAUAAAUAUCAUGAUCCCAAGUGACUCAAGACUCUAUUUCAUAUCAGCAAAUUACUCAGAUACAUCAUCCCUAAAUUGGUCGAAGCAGAUCCAAUGACUCACGUCAUGCUCUCUUGCCAUCUCAAGAGCUUUGACCAGCAGAGACGGUCAGUUCAUCUACACAUGAGUGUUCAUCUCCUUAAGAAUCUUAUGCUACAAAAUAGACGCAUCUUCCGGAGAACCUGCUGCUCCGGGUAUAAAAAUCCUCUUCUCCACCUCAGCACAAGUAUAUAACCUAGAAGAACUAAAUUCACACAUAAUCUUGAUAGCUAAAGACUAUGAUAGGUCACAAGUUUUCAUUUCGCUAGUGAAGAAAAAUAGCUUCAAAGAUGAAAUUUCUGAGUAUUAUCAACCUACAGCAUAUUUCUCCACUUCAAAAGUUAUUACUUUCAAUGGGCAUGAGUUGCUUGUAUUUGGAGGAGUAAUUUCAGGUGAUUAUUCAUUUCUCAGAGUUCCUCCUCAAGAUCUUGGAGUGGUUGAUUACUUGGUACAAAGAUCUACCAUAUUUACUCCUAUUUCAACCAUUUUUGAUCUUAGAGACCCUGCAGCUCCACUCCCAACUUUGAAUGUUACAACUCCAAGCAUCACAGACCAGAGUUCAGCUGGAGUUACUGUUGCCACUGAAAUUGUCACAGAGGUGACAGGUGAGUAUUACAUCAACGUAAUGAACGAUGACUUCAACAAGUCUUAUCUUUCAGAUGUCACCAUCACUCAGACUCUGGCUUUGAGCUGAACCAACUCUGCUGAUCCUGUUUCGCUCGUCCACUCUGUCCAAGAACUCAAUGGUCACUCAAUUCCUGGCUGGGUCUCCUUCGAUGCUGCCACUGAAGUGCUCACUCUCAACAAGACACCGGUUGUGAAUGGGACUCAGCUGUUCCAGUUUGCAAUCCAAUCUCAAUACGGCUCAGACACAUACUCCAAGCGAGUGUUCAUCACUGUGGAGUCGUGCAGCCUAGACAACUGCAACGAGUGCCAGGCUGACUCUCCUCAGACCUGAACAGAAUGCAAGUUUGGAUACAACCUCAAGCAAGGACAGUGUGUUAAAGCAGAUGCAGGAGCAGCAUCAACAGCAACUCAAGCAGCUGCAGGAGUGGCCAUGGCUCUUGCAGCUGCUUCUUCUGUGGUGUCAAUGAGUUCACCAGUCGGAAUGUUCAGCAUGAUAAAUCAGUUACAGCUGUACAUUCUGUUGCCAAUGCUUCCACCAUAUUUCCCAGCCAAAGUAGGAGACUUUAUUCUGGGUAUGGACUUUGCUUUUGUAUCAUUGGACUUCAUCCCAACUGAUGAUAUUCCUCUGGUCAAGGAAAUCAAGAAGCUGGUGUCGUAUCCUCAGUCGGAUGAGUAUUUGAGCCAGAUUGGAAUGAACUCAAGCAGUUCCAUUAUCAACUAUCUUCCGAUGAUGGUGGUAACCAUCCUGAUAUCAAUCUUUCAUGCAGGUAUUGGAGUUGUUCACUUAUCUGUCAAAAAUAGCAAGCUAGCGAAAUGCAAAUAAGAUCAUGGAAAAAUUCUUUGUGUUCAUGACCUUCAACGUCUAUAUCAGACUGAUCAUACAAGGAUUCUUGUUUCUGAUGCUCUCAAUCGUGUCUGAGUUCAAAGCCUUCAACACAAGCAGGACCAUCACCAUUGUUUCUCUGGUCAUGUGAUUCAUGUUCACAUUUGGGCUCAUUAUAUUCAGCAUUCUUGCAUUAGCUUGGUAUUUGUCAGGAUGGUCUAAUGAGUCAGAGUUUCACAACCACUGGUCAAUCACUGAGUUGGGAUCAGGUCUCAAGAACACUAAAUGGGCCAAGAUGUACUCACUAGUAUUUCUGGUCGUAAGACUGUCGUAUGUUUUGGUACUUGUGCUUCUGUCAAGUCCUGAUCAGCCCAGAGAUAAAUCAUUUGGUGACUCAUCGUUGAACACAUACUACAUCGAGUGGAGUAUAUUCUUCUCAACUCAGCUUGCAUUCUGAGUGUACAUGAUUUGGGUGAGGCCAUUUGAGGACUUCACAAACAACAUAGUUGAAGGAAUCAAUCAAAUAUUUUAUAUAUGAGCGAUAGUACCACUUUUGUUUAUGUGAUCUGAGCCAAGCUGGACAGAAUCAAAAGAAGACAUCUUCAUAUUUAUAUUGCUCUCAAGCCCAUUUCUAAACUCCAUCAUAAACUUCAUCAACUUAAUCAUCAUUCUCUACAAAAAACUCAAGCCAUCAAAACCCAAAAUCACCACUAAACCCCCAAAACCGCCCACAAUCCUCAGCAAUUUCUCCAAAGAAGAGUCCAAAUCCCACCUCAAACUAAGCCAAAACAGCUACCAUUCCUCCCAGCUCCCCAACCCCCAAAAUCCCUCCCUCCACACCUAAUCUUCCUCCCAUUCAAC